AUGGUACAGGAUGGCCUAUUGGUUGCACUUCCUGAUCUCGUCAACCUAAUAUUAGGACUCAUCACAAGCUGGAUAUCAGACUACCUACGUCAAAAAGGGUACCUGUCGACAGUAGCCGUCCGAAAACUCACAACUUUAAUUGGACUGUCGGCGGCCGCCACAGUGCUUCCGUUCAUCACUCUUGCCGGAUGUAACAGCGUGGUAGUCGUGGUACUUAUUGUGGCCGGGAACGGAAUGCUGGGAGUUUCCGUGACAGGCCUUAGCUCAAACAUAUACGACAUAGGCCAUAACUAUGCAGGUACACUUUCUGGAAUCUCCAAUUUCUUCGGGAAUAUGCCAGGGAUAAUAGCGCCUUACGCUGUUGGCCUUAUCACAAAUAAUCAGGAAACCAUGGCGAGAUGGGAGAUAGUUUUCUACAUAUCCAUGGCUCUGUAUUUAUUUGGACUUGUCACGUUUCUCAUAUUUGGCAAAGGAUCAGAACAGCCUUGGAACAGGGUUCCCAAAGAAACGACACACUAUACCGAAACUAAGGAGCAAUAACUAUAACUUAACUGUUGUAAAUCUACAUUAGGUCUGUACUGAUUUUGUCAAGGAAACUUCCAUUGCCACUUUAA